AUGAAGUACUCUUCGUCUGAACUUUCCCCAACGCCCACGCCCGUCAGCCGUGCUUUGACUCCGGCCGAUGCCGAAGAUCGCGUUGUGAUCGCCCUAGACUUCGGCACUACUUACUCCGGGAUUGCUUACGCCUUCAGCAAUCCUGGGAGGAAGACUGAAGUGGUUCCAAUUGUUGACUGGCCUGGACUUGAAGGACAUAGGCAGCCUAAAGUACCGACUCUUGUCGGCUACGAUCCCAAGGACCCAACUAAGUUCAAAUGGGGUGGUCAAGUUGACUGGCGCAAUGACGCUGUCCAUGGUGUCAAGCUUCUACUAGACCCAAGCCAACCACGACCAAUGUACUUACCAACCAGUAACGUGAAAACUGAGUUGAAGAAGCUGCCCAAAGACCCUGUUGAUGUAGCUGCUGAUUUCAUGGGCGCCAUCUAUUCACAUGCCUUAUCAAAGAUCGAGUCAGCCAGUAUCAAGGAUUACUUCCACAUGUGCCAGAAACAGUUUGUGCUCAGUGUUCCAGCUGUCUGGUCCGACGUUGCCAAAGACAAAACCCUUCGUGCCGCAAAGAAAGCGGGAAUUCACCCUGUCACCUUGAUCAAAGAGCCUGAGGCCGCCGCAUUGUACACACUGCAUAUGCACGAGAGGGCUCUCAACAAAGGCGAUGCGUUCGUGGUGUGCGACGCUGGCGGUGGUACCGUAGACUUGAUUUCAUACGAAAUCACCAGUACCAACCCUUCUUUAGAACUCGCAGAGCUUGUUCCAGGGAAAGGAGGAAUGGCUGGCUCCUUAGGCUUGAAUAAACGGUUCGCCGAGGCCGUACAAAACCUUGUGGGUGACGAGCAGUGGGUCACCCUUAAAAAGGGUGUCGGAUGGUCAAAAGCAUCGACCGAGUUUGACAAGGUGGUCAAGACAGCCUUUAGAGGUGAUGUUGACGAGAAUUUCUACAUCUCGUUUCCAUCUGCCAAUCUAGAAGACGACGAAGACGAGGACUUAGUAGGGAAUUGCUGGACAAUGAGCGGAAGACAAGUCAAAGGGAUUUUUGACCCUCUCAUAACUGAUAUUAUCCGACUCGUCGAAGAGCAAGUUAACAGUGCUCAGGCAAAGCUCCAAGGGCGCCCAAUCAAGGCAAUCUUUCUUGUAGGUGGAUUUGGUGCGAGUCUUUACCUUAAAUCGUGCAUCGAAAAUGAAAUUCCCAACAUUCAGGUCAUCCAACCAGAUGGUGCAUGGGCUGCAAUCGUCAAAGGAGCUGUUCUCAGCCGUAUGAAAAACUGCCCAACUGUCACAUCGACUCAGGCGGUUCGGCAUUACGGUACUGCAGCCUGGACCCCGUAUGUGACGAUGAGAGACAAAGGACAGCCUCAGAAACUCUGUCCAUUGGAAGGUAUCAACCGCGUUCGAAUGAACACAUGGUACAUAAACAUGGGAGAGGACCUCAAAAGAAACAGGACUAUCAAAUUUCCGUUUUACCGCACAGUCACCGUCCCCUAUUCCCCUCAUGAGCUCAUCUUCCAAGACCGACUCAUCACCUCAGAGGCGAAGGUUCCCCCACCCUAUCCUGGACCUGAUACCAAGGUCAACUGCACCGUGACGGCUGAUUUCAGCCAUGUGAAGAAAGCCCGAUUCAAGCGUAAGAGGGGAGUAAAUGGCAUAGAAUAUACCGAGAUCCAUUACAACCUAGUGUUGUCUACCGAUGCUGCGAACAUGAAAUUUUCAGUCGAGUUUAACGGUAAAAACCUUGGGAGUGCUGAUGCUAGCUACGAGUGA